AUGGUCGCUCUCAUCCGUACUUCUCUUCGCGCAUCCUCCGGCUCGCUCAAACGGAACAUUGUCAAUAUGUCCUCGGUCCGCGCAAAGCACUCCCUGCCUGACUUGCCGUACGGCUACGAUGCGCUCGAGCCGUCUAUCUCCAAGGAGAUCAUGACUCUUCACCACACCAAGCACCACCAGACCUAUGUCAAUGGCCUGAACGCCGCUGAGGAGAGUCUGGCCAAGUUCCAGUCGAGUGGAGAUGUCAAGGGACAGCUCGGUCUUCAGGCUGCCCUCAAAUUCAACGGUGGUGGGCACAUCAACCACUCGCUGUUCUGGAAGAACCUCGCUCCCUCCUCUUCCUCUUCCGCCAAGCCGGACGCCGCGCCCACGUUCGUCAAGCAGGUCGAGAAGGACUUUGGAUCGCUCGAGGACCUCAAGACCGAGAUGAACACCAAGACUGCCGCUGUGCAGGGUUCCGGAUGGGGAUGGCUCGGGUACGAUAAGGGAAAGAAGAGGUUGGAGGUUGUUACGACUGCCAACCAGGACCCGCUGCUCACCCACGUCCCGAUUAUCGGCAUCGAUGUCUGGGAGCACGCCUUCUACCUGCAGUACAAGAACGUCAAGCCUGAUUACCUCAAGGCUAUCUGGGAUGUCAUCAACUUCGAAGAGGCUGAGAAGCGGUUCACCGCUGUCCAGUGA